CCAAACGGUUCGGUCUUCGACGCGCGAGUCGCCAGAGCCGCGUUCUCAGUCGGAAUACUGGGCCCACCGCGGAAUCCCGAGCAGGGUUCUGAGAGAUUCGCCUUAAAGACCCUGAGGGGAGGCCAGAAUUGGUUGUUUUUCUGCUCCCUCUCAACAUGAAGGAGGAUCAUGUACAGGAAGAAUCAGGAUUCCAGGAUGAAGAGGAGUCUUUGUUUCAAGACAUUGACCUAUUACAGAAACAUGGAAUUAAUGUGGCAGACAUUAAGAAACUAAAAUCAGUAGGAAUCUGUACCAUCAAAGGGAUACAAAUGACAACAAGAAGAGCACUCUGCAACAUCAAAGGGCUCUCAGAAGCCAAAGUGGAUAAGAUUAAAGAGGCAGCCAACAAACUUAUUGAACCAGGAUUCUUAACUGCAUUUGAAUAUAGUGAAAAGAGGAAGAUGGUGUUCCAUAUCACCACUGGAAGUCAGGAAUUCGAUAAGUUGCUUGGAGGUGGAAUUGAAAGCAUGGCAAUAACAGAAGCCUUUGGCGGUAAGUAGAACCUUAAUUUUUUCCUAGGAAAAUUACAAGUUAGCCAGACACUGGUGGUGACAGCUCAACUUCCAGGAGCAGGUGGUUACUCUGGAGGAAAGAUUAUCUUCAUUGAUACAGAAAAUACUUUCCGUCCAGAUCGCCUUCGGGACAUUGCUGACCGAUUCAAUGUAGACCACGAUGCAGUACUGGACAAUGUACUUUAUGCACGUGCAUACACUAGUGAACAUCAGAUGGAGCUACUUGAUUAUGUAGCAGCAAAGUUCCAUGAAGAAGCUGGCAUCUUCAAGCUAUUGAUCAUUGAUUCAAUAAUGGCACUUUUUCGAGUGGAUUUCAGUGGUCGUGGGGAGUUGGCUGAACGGCAGCAAAAAUUGGCCCAGAUGUUGUCACGUCUCCAAAAAAUCUCAGAAGAAUAUAACGUGGCUAUUUUCGUGACCAAUCAAAUGACUGCUGAUCCAGGAGCAACUAUGACCUUCCAGGCAGAUCCAAAAAAACCCAUCGGAGGCCACAUUCUGGCUCAUGCUUCAACAACAAGAAUAAGCUUGCGAAAGGGAAGAGGAGAACUGAGAAUUGCUAAGAUUUAUGACAGCCCUGAGAUGCCUGAAAAUGAAGCCACCUUCGCAAUAACUGCUGGAGGAAUUGGGGAUGCCAAGGAGUAG